GACGGCUUCUAAGCCAUUCUAUUCAUAUGAUAUUGUUUAAGUUUCACUCUUAAUAAUAUAAUACUAUAGUAGUAAAUUUAGAUUUUAUCAUGGUAUCAGAGCCAAAACCCGGAAAUAAAAAUUUUGGUGCUCUUUAAAGAUUUCAUAUCUUUUAUCUCCUUCCACCGAAAUGGCAAGAACGCCACUUCACUCUCGUAGUUGGAUAAUUGAUUCCGGAGCAAGUGAACAUAUCACUUGUGAUGAUAAUGAUAUGUUCAACAUUUUAGCUCAUCCACCCGAUUCAGCAGUCAAAAUUCCUAAUGGCGAUUCAAUUCCCGUUUCUAUUGUUGGUAGUCUAUAUUUAUCUAAUGGAUUCCAUCUUCGGCGGGUUUUAUAUGUUCCACAAUUUCAAUGCAAUUUGCUCUCCGUGAGUCGUCUCACUAGCGACCUUAAUUGUACACUCAUAUUUUUCUCCAACUUUUGUAUAUUACAAGACUUAGCUUCAAGAAAGCUUAUCGGUAUGGGAUGAUUCUGUAAUGGGUUGUAUUACUUGGAAUCACCAAAAGGUAAAGGGGCGGCAAUGUCGGCUGUUGUUAAUACCGAUUUAUGACAUCAACGUUUAGGACAUGCUUCAGAUGGAAAAUUACAAUACAUCACAUUUCUUAAGGGCUUCCGUCACAACAGUAAUUUCUGCGAUCCAUGUUUGCGAGCCAAACAAACUCGUCUCUCCUUCCCUAAAAGUACAAGUAAGACCACUUGCUGUUUUGAAUUAAUACACUGUGAUAUCUGAGAAGGUUAUAGAUGUGAUUCUACAUCAAGAGCACGCUAUUUUUUGUCUAUUGUUGCUGAUUUCACCCGAGGUAUUUGGGUCUAUCUCAUGAAAAAUAAAUGUGAAGUUUGUCAAAAAUUGAUACAAUUUUGCAACAUGAUAGUAAAUCAAUUUGACAAGCGAGUUAAACGCAUACGUUCAGAUAAUGGAAUGGAGUUUCAAACCAAUAUUUUAUCUGAAUUUUAUAAACGUCAAGGAAUUAUUUUGGAAACGUCGUGCACAGAUACUCCUCAACAAAAUGGGGUUGUUGAGCGUAAGCACAGACAUAUUUUAGAAGUUGCAAGGGCCCUUCGUUUUCAGUCCGGGUUACCCAUUGAUUUUUGGGGAGAGUGCAUUCUCACCGCUGUUUAUAUCAUCAAUCUGCUACCGUCACACGUCGUUUUAAAUAAAAGUCCUUAUGAAAUGUUGUUUGGGAAAGAGCCCAAUUUUGGACAUUUACGUGUUUUUGGUUGUUUGGUAUAUGCACACAACAAUAAUUAUAAAGAUAAAUUCAACGAACGGGGGAGUCCUUGUAUUUUUCUUGGAUAUCCUUAUGGUCAAAAGGCUUAUAGAGUUUUUGAUUUGCAAAAACAUGAUAUUUACAGUUCACGUGAUGUCACCUGCUUUGAAAAUGAAUUUCCAUUUAAGAAAAUUGAACAUGAAGGAUUGGAUUUUUGUUCUAUUGUGGAUCGUGCCUAUCAAAAGGUUGUGGACCAAAGUGGCUGUCAUUUGGACAUCAGCCUGGAAACUUCUCAUCAAUGGACCCCGCUAAUAAUGUGGAAAUCUCCAAGGAACAGCAACAUAAUUCUUUGAUUGAGCAGCGGCGUGAAAACUUCUCCGUCGAUCAGCAACCGGAGGACUUCACCGGCGAACAGCAACCUGGUCGCUUCUCUGCUGUGCAACAGCCUGGGAACUCAUCUCUAGCAAGCAAAGACCUGGACAUUAUAAGCGACCACCGACCUCCUCCAAGACCCCUGCAACAGCCUAGACAAUAUCUCCCUCCACAAGAUUGCGACACUCCUAUACGACUGACCAGACGCGAUGGUGAGGACAUAACUGAAGAAAAUGCUAGGUCAACUCAUUGCCAAACUCCAUCCACCGAACAUGUUACUAAUUAUAAGUUGGAUCCAUAUGGGUUGGUCAGGCCCACUUUCUGUUAAGACUCACCGUCCGGCCAGCAUCACUCCUCACAUAACAAUAAUACAGCACCACAUAAUUUGGAAUCCCCACCAAAUGAUGUUUCACUUGAUUUAACAUAUUCAAUGAAGUCCAUACCUUCCAUGGGUGAGAUAAGAAAGAGUAAUAGAAUACGCCAAAUUCCUAAACAUUUUGCAAGAUUUGACACUGAUCUGCCACCAUCCCUUGAUCAUUCUAACACGGCAGCAAAAUCAAUGGACGCCACUGUAUAUCCAAUUUCGAAUUUUAUCAGUUAUGACAAAUUUUCUACUAAACAUAAAGUUUUUUUUGACAGCCAUUACUUCCCGCGACGAGCCAAAACGAUUCUCACAGGCCGUACAAGAUCCCGUAUGGUGAGAGGCUAUGCAAAAAGAAAUCCAUGCUUUAGAAGAAAAUGGUGCAUGGACCUUAGUCAAACUACCACCUGGGAAGAAGGUGGUUGAUUCUAAAUGGGUUUAUAAAAUCAAAUAUAAGCCCAAUGGCGAUGUGGAGCGCUACAAGGCGAGAUUAGUUGCCAAGGGAUUCACACAAGUAGAAGGAAUUGAUUUCCAUGAGACAUUUGCACCUGUUGCCAAACUUGUCACAGUACGGUGGUUGUUGGCCGUUGCGGCUAAACAGAAUUGGGUAGUACAUCAAUGAGACGUCAAUAAUGCAUUCCUUCAUGGAGAUCUUUCUAAGGAUGUUUACAUGCGUGUUCCCAAGGAUUUAUCAAAGAUGGAUACGAUCGUGUUUGCAAAUUACAAAAGUCUCUUUAAGGGUUACGCCAAGCAUCACGAAAUUGGUAUCACAAAUUUACCCAAUCACUUCUCCGAGUUGGGUUUUGUCAAUAUCGGGCAGAUCAUUCUCUAUUGAUUUUCCAACAGGGACAGACCCGCACUUUUGCCCUCAUUUAUGUAGAUGAUGUCAUUCUUGCCGGAAAUGAAAUGUCUCACAUCCAGAAAAUUAAGGAACACCUGGAUGAUCAAUUUAGCAUUAAGGAUUUGGGAACUCUAAAAUAUUUCCUCGGAAUUGAAGUUGCUCGUUCUCCUGAAGGAUUUGUAUUAAGCCAACGCAAAUACACGCUUGACAUUCUAGAAGAAAGUGGUCUCUUAGCUGGUCGUCCGAGUAUGUUUCCCAUGGAGCAAAAUUUGAAACUUCGACCUGAUGAUAAUAGGCCACCUGUAGAUGCUUCUUCAUAUCAUCGACUGAUUGGGCGUCUAUUAUACCUUACCGUCACUCGCCCUGACAUCGUCUACUCUGUCAGUCAGCUUAGUCAGUUUCUCAGUCAGCCGUGCCAGACUCACUUUGAUGCCGCCAUACGUGUUCUUCGCUAUUUAAAAUAGACUCUGGGACAGGGCAUUUUUUAUCUGCAGAUACUGAUUUCACCUUAAAGGGUUAUUGUGAUGCAGAUUGGGCAGAGUGCCCCUACACUUGGCGCUCUUGCACUGGAUAUUUUAUCACUCUCGGAAAUUCACCUGUCUCUUGGAGAGCUAAGAAGCAAUCUGUUGUUUCAAGGUCUUCCGCAGAAGCCGAAUACCGUGCAAUGGCUAUCACCGUUAGUGAAAUCUUGUGGUUGCGAUGGUUACUUCAAGACCUUACCAUUCCCUAGACUAGUCCUACGUCCCUCUUUUGUGACAAUCAAGCGGCUCGUCACAUUGCUCUUAACCCUGUAUUUCAUGAGCGCACCAAGUAUGUAGAAAUGGAUUGUUAUUUUGUGCGAGAGCGUGUUGCUAGUGGUGAAAUCCAACCAUGUUGUAUAUCUACCACACACCAGAUUGAUGAUAUUUUCACAAAGGCACUUGGCACUAAUCGCUUCCAGUUACUCCGUAGCAAGUUGGGUGUUCGUGACUUUCACACUCCACCUUGAGGGGGAGUAUUGAGAAUACUUAAAUAUUAAUAUUAUUAGUUGUACUACUCAUGUACUAUCUCUAAGUAAGUACACGUAGUACAUGACCAUGCACUAUUAUUAUUAUUUGUAUUCUCUCCUAUCACUCAUAUUGUAAUAUGUAUAAAUAUACAUCAUGUAGCAGGGAUAAAGUGACGGCUUCUAAGCCAUUCUCUUCAUAUGAUAUUGUUUAAGUUUCACUCUUAAUAAUAUACUACUAUAUCAUAAAUUUAGAUUUUAUCAAGCUGAAGGUUUGAGUAGGCAAUCGGAUUGGCCGAGAAAAAAUGCAAGUGUGUCCACAAAAAAAGAAUACACACACAUAUAUAGACUCGCACACACACAUGCAUGCAUGUAUUAGAAAUCUUGAAAAAAAAAUUCUUAAACUUUGCACAUUAGUUCGUUUAUGAUUGCUUAUGUUUUAGACUUAGUCAACAAUCCCUCAUUCCCUCAAAUGUACAUGGUUCUCACAUGAUGACAUGCAUAUGAUUCUCCACUUCUAAGCUAUUAGCCGUCUUACUAAAAUAAACUAAUUAAAUUUUAAUGAUUAGUUGUUUUUGUAAUAAUGGCUGUUUAUUGUUAUGUUCAUAAUAGCUCCACAAGGCGGCACAAAUGGGAAGAGAGUUCGAAGGGGAGAUUACGGAGUCGGAAAUUCUUGAGUUAGUAGCACACUAGCACACCAUCCGGUGGUUGCUACUAUAGAUAUUGAUGAAGAAUUCGUGACAUACAAGGGACAUGUAACAAUUUAACCAGUUUUAUAUAUACAUUAAUGUGUUAUAAAAUUACACUCCAUAUAAUAUACACCCUUACGUAGUACUACGGUUGAACAUGAGGUUAAUCUUUUCUUCGGAGGAAAAAGCUUAUAUUGUAUUAAAUUCAUAGAACCUAACACCUCAACAUUCAUAAUAAAUCAAGUCUCC